AUGAAGAAAGGCAAGGGGAAGAACAGCGGCUUGUUGCCGAAUUCGCUGAGGAUUAUCUCUCAGUGCCUUAAGACUGUGUCAACGAAUGCCACCACCGUUGCUUCCACCGUGCGCUCCGCCGGCGCCUCCGUCGCCGCUUCUAUUUCGUCUUCUUCUGAGGAUCAUAAAGAUCAGGUAACCUGGGCUGGUUUUGAUACACUGGAGCUUGAUCAAUCUAAUUACAAUCACGUUCUUUUACUUGGUUAUCUAAAUGGAUUUCAAGUUCUUGAUGUGGAAGAUGCCUCUGGCUUCAGUGAAUUGGUCUCAAAGCGUGAUGGUCCAGUUUCCUUUCUACAGAUGCAGCCCUUCCCUAUCAAUGGUGAUGGCCAGGAGGGAUUCAGAAAGUCACACCCUUUACUGUUGGUUGUUUCUGGGGAUGAUAGUAGCAACGUAAACCGGAAUAGUACUUGUUUGAGUGGUUUAGGGAGGGAUGAUAAUGUUGAGAUGCUAUCUGGGAACGAUGUCAACACUUCAACAACUGUUCGGUUUUACUCCUUGAAAUCUCACUGUUAUGUUCAUGUUCUGAAGUUCCGUUCUUCAGUGUGUAUGAUCAGAUGCAGUUCAAGGAUAGUAGCAGUUGGUCUUGCCACACAAAUACACUGCUUUGAUCCUGUAACUCUUGAGAAUAAGUUCAGUGUUCUCACUUAUCCUGUUCCUCAGUUAGCUGGACAAGGAACAGCUGGUGUUAAUGUCGGUUAUGGUCCGAUGGCUGUGGCACCAAGGUGGUUGGCAUAUGCUUCUAACAAUCCCCUGCCCUCUAAUUUAGGUUGCUUGAGCCCUCAAAACAUCAGUGCUUCAUCGGGCAUUAGUCCAUCAACUACUCCAAGCAAUGGUAGUUUAGUGGCUCGUUAUGCAAUGGAGUCCAGUAGACAUUUGGCUGCUGGAAUUAUCAAAUACUGUCAAGAGAUGCUUCCUGAUGGCUCCUCUUCACCCAUGCCAUCAAAUUUAGCUGUGAAAGUCAAUAGGGUUACAGGAAUUGAUGCAGAUAAUGUGGGCAUGGUAGUCAUUAGGGAUUUUGUUUCCAGGAUUAUCAUAUCACAAUUCAAAGCUCACACUAGUCCCAUUUCUGCACUAUGUUUUGACCCUAGUGGGACCCUUCUGGUCACUGCAUCUGUCCAUGGGAAUAACAUUAAUAUAUUUCGUAUAAUGCCAUCAUUCACAGGCAAGAGUUCAGGAAUUCCCAGCUCAAAUUGGAACUCAUCUCAUGUGCAUCUUUAUAAACUUCAUCGAGGAAUAACACCAGCUAUGAUUCAAGACAUCUGUUUCAGUAAUUUUAGUCAGUGGAUUGCAAUUGUCUCAUCCAAGGGUACUUGUCAUCUUUUUGUUUUAUCACCCUUUGGGGGUGAUACUGGUUUUCGAAUUAUUAGUUCUGAGGGUGAAGAACCGUCCCUCCUUCCAGUUUUUCCUCUACCUUGGUGGUAUACUCCUGGUUCCAUUUCUUAUCAGCAAUCUUUGCCUCCCCCAUCACCUGUUGUUCUUUCUGCGGCUAGCCGCAUAAAAUAUAGUAGUUUUGGAUGGCUUAAUACUGUUCACAAUCCUGCUGCCAAUGUGACAGGAAAAGUUUUUGUUCCAUCUGGUGCUAUAGCUGCCAUCUUUCAUAAUUCCUUAUCUCACUCACGGCACCUUGUUAACUCAAAGACAAACCCCUUGGAGCAUAUAUUGGUAUAUACACCUUCAGGUCACGUCGUUCAACAUGAACUUCUGCCAUCUGUUGGUUCAGAAACAAGUAAAAGUAGUUUGAGAAACCAGUCAACUUCAGUCCUGCAUAUUCAGGAGGAUGAGUUCAGAGUCAAAGUUGAACCUAUUCAAUGGUGGGAUGUAUGUAGAAGGUCAGAAUGGCCAGAAAGAGGGGAGACUUGCAGCAGUAGCUUUAAUAGACAAGGAGGUACUGAGAGAGUUCAAGAAAAAAUAGGCUAUAGUGACAUCCAUGGAUUGGAUGUUUUGGGUACAAGUGAUGGGGCAGGGGAAAAGAUGGUAAAAUCUUGUAGUGAAACUACGCAGGAGAGGUUUCAUUGCUAUCUGUCUAAUGCGGAGGUGCAAGGGAAUUUUGGAAGGUUACCCAUAUGGCAAAGGUCUAAGAUUUGUUUCAAUUCAAUGAGUUGUGUGGGAGCUAGUUUCAGUGCUACUGGGGAGUAUGAGAUUGAAAAGGUCCCAGCUAAUGAAGUUGAAAUAAAGCUCAAGGAGCUGUUGCCUGUUUUCGACCAUUUUCAUGGCAUCAGAUCAAGCUGGAAUGAAAGAGGCUUUACGGGGGAAAGGUACUUAAGCCCUACAUCUCCUGUUCCCAAUCAAGGUGACUAUAAGGAGACUGCUGAUGUGACAGUUAUUUGUCAUUCCAAACCAGCAUCACUGAGUUCCACUGAAAGCUCUGAUGGAGGUUCAUCAAGAAGAAUUGAAAAUCUGCUUGACUUGGAUCAAGUUGCUUCUAGUUAUCAAACACAUGGUGAGAUAUGCCUGGAAAGAAUGGGGACAAUCAAUGUUGACCCUUCUCUACAAAACCAGAUUGCGAUGGAAAGUCCAUCACGUGUGUUUGGAAACUCAAAACACGUCGAUUUUAGUGCUGACCUUAUUAUUGGCAGUCCUACAUUCCAGAUGAUAAAUAUAACUUCUGAUGGAAGAGAUUCUAUAGGUGUUGGGAUCAAUGAGAACUCGGCAUUGGUCCUAGAACAUACUUCACACGAGACUGAAUUUGUGGAAGUAGCCUCGGCAAAGCCAAAUGAAGGUGUUGGUAUAUCUUUAACAGAUGGCCACUGCAAAACACAGGAACAUGAUGGAAGUGACGUGUUAACUGAAGUUGUAACUGAUGAUGUUGACAGAAGCAGUAGCCACCAUCAACGAGAGCAACUGAACGAGGAUGGGGAGAAUGAUGAAAUGCUUGCUGAUAUAUUUGUCUUUUCCGAAGAAGGUAAAAUAUAA